AUGGCUGCCAAAAGGAUAGCAAUGAUCGGCGCCGGAAACUCAGGUAUGGGUGCAUUCAAUGCUUGUCGGGAACAGGGCUUCGAUGUCGUGGUGUAUGAGAAGACCGACCAGAUAUGCGGUCUCUGGCUGUAUAGGGAUGAGGAGCUGGAGGGUAGCGCCUCCAUCAUGAGGUCCACUAUAAUCAACACCAGCAAAGCGAUUACACUCUUUUCGGACUUCCCGGCGCCCAAACACUUCCCUAAUUAUAUGCAUAACACGAAAAUGGCAUUUAUUUAUUCAUUAUUACACUAUUGGUAUAUAUUAGCAUUAGCAGAAUAUCUGACAUUAUAUGCCGAGGAAAGUGGUUUCAAAGCACACGUCAGAAGGCUAACGGUGCGCGACACCAACAACGACCGCCUAAUUCACGAGGUAUUUGAUGGGGUAAUGGUGUGCACCGGGCAUAACAACAAGCCAUCAAUGCCUACGUACGAGAAUCAACACCUAUUUAAGGGACUUCUCAUGCAUUCACACGCUUUCAAAGAAAAAAAGGCGUUUGCGGGCAAACGGGUGGUUGUGGUGGGCAUCGGGGGCUCCGGUGGAGAUAUCGCCGUCGAGUUGUCUAAUGUGUGUCCAAUUGUGAAUAUACCUAUCGACUCGCACCGGGAGUUGGGUCACUCACCGGGUGGCCAUAAGGGCAAUCCGUUUGACGCGGUUAUGACUCGUGCGAAUGCUGUGGUCGAGGGCUAUUUGAAUAUGCGAUUUGACCACAAGUUGUAUGGACUCAAACCGAAACACCGGUUCCUUUCCAAACAAAUCUUAAUUAACGACGAUUUGCCCAAAAAGAUAAUGACUGGCUCUGUGGUCAUCAAAGGGGACAUCCAGGAGUUCACUGAAAAUUGA